CGCCCUUUCCCUCCCUGCUGUAUAGAUGAAGUUGUUUCAAAGAUGGCGGAUUUCCUGCCGUCCCGGUCCGUCUUAUCGGUUUGUUUCCCGAACUGUUUGCUUAACAGCGUCGAGGCCGAACAAACCCGAAUCUCCAAGGAGAUCGACAAGUGCAUUUCUCGGGAUAAAACGUACGUAAAGCGGUUGGUAAAGAUAUUACUGCUCGGAGCCGGCGAGAGCGGCAAGUCGACUUUCCUCAAGCAGAUGCGCAUCAUCCACGGGCAGGACUUCGAUCUGAAGGCCAAGGAAGAUUUCCGGGCUACCAUUUACAGCAAUAUUAUUAAAGGGAUUCGAGUACUGGUGGAUGCCAGAGAAAAACUGCAUAUCCCCUGGGGUGACCCCUCUAACCAGACACAUGGAGAGAAGAUGAUGGCGUUUGACACCAGGUCACGGAUGGUAGCCCAGGGCCUGGUGGAAACCGAAGUCUUCAUGAAUUAUCUGCCGUCCAUCCGAGCCCUGUGGGGGGACACUGGGAUACAGAAUGCCUACGACAGGAGACGAGAGUUCCAGUUGGGUGAAUCGGUAAAAUAUUUCUUGGACAAUCUGGAUAAGCUUGCAGAGCCGGACUAUCUCCCAAGUCAGCAAGAUAUCCUGCUGGCGCGAAAACCCACCAAGGGAAUCCACGAGUACGACUUUGAGAUCAAGAACGUUCCCUUCGUAAUGGUGGAUGUGGGCGGGCAGCGGUCGGAGAGGAAGCGGUGGUUCGAGUGCUUCGACAGUGUCACCUCCAUCCUGUUCCUCGUGUCAUCCAGCGAGUUCGACCAGGUGCUGAUGGAGGACCGGCAGACCAACCGCCUCACCGAGUCCCUAAACAUUUUCGAGACGAUAGUCAACAACCGCGUCUUCAGCAACGUCUCCAUCAUUCUCUUCCUAAACAAGACAGACUUGCUUGAGCAGAAAGUUCAAAUCGUCGCCAUCAAGGACUACUUCCCUGAGUACGAGGGGGAGCCCCACAAUCUGGCUGACAUCCAGAAAUUCUUGGUGGAGUGUUUCCGCAACAAGCGCCGAGACCAGCAGCAGAAGCCGCUGUACCACCACUUCACCACCGCCAUUAACACAGAGAACAUUCGCCUGGUAUUCCGCGACGUCAAGGACACCAUCCUGCACGACAACCUCAAGCAGCUUAUGCUACAGUGAUGCUCACUGGGACUCCUCGGUUUUUUUUUUGUUUGUUUUUGUUUUGUUUUUUUUAAAUUAAUAACCUUUUAAAGCAAAUUGUUUGUGGGGAGAGGAGAGGGGGUUGCAAGUCUGCAGCACAUGACACCAGUUUGGGGAAUAAACAGGAUGCUAUCGUACUCAAUGCUGCAAUAAGACCACCCCUAUCUCUCUCCAUUGCAUGCUCUCUCACACAAUUUUUAUUUUCCUUUUGCAGUUUCAUCAUGUUAACACCAAGAAUGAGUAAUUUUGUUUUAAUGACUAACCAACGUUAAUUGAGAAUUUUAGGAGGAUGGUUAAGUAUGUAGAGGGUGGGGUGGGUGCAAAGUGAUGGCAGAGCACAGAUCUAUUUGUAUGGGUUACCGAGACGAUAACUGUUGAAUCCUCAAAUGGAAUAGGAAUGGCUGGAACAUUAUUUUUUAUUUCGCUGUGUUCUGAGCCAAACUGUUUGCCAAUCACAAGCCUGGCUAUUUUUUUAUUAUUUUUAUCUGUAACAGGAUGCAUCCAGCAAAUUUUUGCUUAGAUUUAUUUUUUAAAGUGCAGUCUUUUAUGGAAAGUUCUUAAGUUAUGUUACAGGUUUAAAGUGCUUGCCUUUUUCUUUACUACUACUGCUGGAUGUUUAAAAAGGUAAAGAACUAGGAGAGCACGCUGGCAAACACUCGCUUACAUAAUUUGAUAUGUUUGAAUUUGUACAGUCGCCUGAUGUGCAAAGCAGGAUAGUUGCUGUGGUAUAUGGCAUUAUCUCAGGGGCUGACUUUAGACUACUUUAAUUGCUUGCCUAUAAAGUUAUUGUCGGUGGUACCUUAAUGAGAAUCUACAAACUAUGUAAGUCCAAUGGUGGUAUUAAAUCUAAAGGCAGUGUUUUUUUUUUUUUUUUUUUUGUUUUUUUAAAGGUUGCCUCAAUGUGUCCAGAUGUUUAGUGCAGUGAAAUUAUAUUUUAGGGGACAAAAAAAACCUAAUUGAUUUACAAUUUCUUACUGGAAUAGUUUUUUGUAACUGAACACCCAUUAAUUUUUAUUUACAUUUGUCUGUAGUAAACCUCUAAUGGCCUCAAAAGCAGCCUUAUCCAAAGUGCCAGUUUUUGACCUAAAGUUGUGUUUUUUUUUUUAAAUUAUUAUAUAAUGUCUGUCAGGUUUUAUUUUGGCUCAAGUUGAUUGCAUACAAAAGGGAGGGGGAGGGCUUACUGUGUAAAGAGAUUUUUAAAAACAUUCAAACUUGCCACUUUUUUCAAUGGUUUAUAAAUAUUGUAAUGAAUCUUGUACAGAAACAAUUCUUAAUUUUUCAAAAUAGGUUUGAUAAAGGCAUUGUAUAUAAAUCACAAAUAGGUGUUUUAAAGGCUCAAGUUUAUUUUUCAUUGUAAUAAAUUGCGUGAGUAUUUGAUUUUGCCAUCGCCCGUUUUUGUUUUAGAUUUUAUUUUAAAAUCUCAUCUUUUUUGCAGCAUGCAAAAACACAUUUAUUUUUGCUGUGAUGUAAAAAUGCCUUUUUGAACAGUUUGAUUUAAAUGUAGUCUUUUUGCUGAAUGGAAAUCCCUGUAAUAGGUGCUUCCCUGAAUUCGCAAACCAGAAGCCUCACUGCUGUCCAGUUCAGUUGGUAUUGAACUUUUAAAGCUUGAUUUGUACCUUUUCUUUCACAUGCCUAAACAAGUUUUUUUUUUAGUUUUUUUUGGGUUCUGUUUCAUCUGUGAGCUCAAACUUAAUGAAACUUCAGUAUUAUACAUUUCAAAAGUCUAUCUAUGUUCUGAAUAAUGGAAUUGGGGCUUUAGAAAUAUCAUUCUGUUCCAGUUAAUGUGAUUUUCUAGAAACUGUUUAACAUCAGGUACUGCACUAUUACAAUGGUGAUUUUCCUACUUUGUGAAACUUUGUUUUAACAAUGAGCUGUUCUGUGUUGUAGUUUUCCUUUUAUUUUUUAACCACCCUGUGCUGCGGGGUUGCACUGUACGAUGACCACUCUUGAAAUUUUAUUUGAACUCUUGUGAUCUCUUUAGGAACGGUUUUAAUGUUCAGGCAGAUAUCGUGCUGGCUCUCGAUCAAAGCAACACACAGUUCUGGUCUGGCUUCAGGCUUUGAUUCUGGAUGUAUGCUAUUCCUUGCUCUGCAUAUUGGCUCAAGUGUCUGUAUCUUUUAGCUCUGUAUCUAGGACAAUGAGACAGGGUGAUGUCUGUCCCUCAUCCUAGGCAGAUUUUCAGUUACAAUCAGCCUCUACAUAGGAGCCUAUGCUGUACAGGGUGCCCUGUAAUGUGUCUUUUUGUGAAUGUCUUCAAAGUGUUUUUCACUGGUUUCCUGGGAAGAUAUGCAAUGGUGUGUUUUUUUUUUGUUUGUUUGUUUUGUUUUUGUGGGUUUUUUUGCAACCACAACAUUUUUUUUUAUAAAUAAAGCAUUUGUGAGUAUUCCGCAUGCUGACAUCUAAAUGGGAGUUCUGAACUAUAGUACAUGUGCAUAUGUCCUCUACUGUUAAAAUACUAAUCCAAAUUGAGCACUUUUGAAAUAUGAGCCAUCUUAAAAAAAAAAAAAAAAAAAAAAAAAAGAGGCUAAUCCGAAUACAUGGCGGGAAUCUUUUGAAUGGCAAUUUUUUGUAAACAAACUGUCUAUUGUUGAUCACAUUAUGUUAUUCACAUCCCCUGUAUUUCAGAAGUGUCAUUCCAUCCCUAGUGUUAAGAGACAGGCUGUGUGGAUAUUGGAAGUGAUUCAUGCUUAAGCAAGUGCUGGACAAAUGGGUGACUCUGGCCUUGUGAUUUGAGUAAAAAAGAAAAGGCUGCCUAACUGACAACUUGUGUUCAAUAUUUAGGCACCGUCUCAACCUCAAGUUAGCAUUGCAUCUGUAACCAUGCAAGAUCAGGGCGCACACACACACAUCACACCCAAGUAGUCCAUUUUUCUAGUGUAUUCCAGAAACCAUUCCUGCUCUGUCAAGCCUCUUUAUGCUGAAGUAUUGCUCAUGUAUGAGACAAAAAUAAUCAUGUGAUGGUUUGAAGUAGAAGGUAGCAUUUAAAAAAAAAAAAAAAAAAAAAAAAAAAUUAUAUAUGCAGCCCUUUUCUGUGUACUGUGUAACACAGUAGGCCAGAAUCUCAAAGCGCUUUGCACUGUUUUCAAAUUAUGGAACUUGUAUGACUAAUUUUAAGGAAUUCACUUCAUUAGUGUAUUUGUAACAGACAAUUAAGAGCAUGCAAAAUAUGCUUUAAAAUUGAAGUGAAAAUAACAUAUAUGCAAAGUUACUUUGCAAAAAAUACUUUACAGUGCCUGGUUCAAAUGUCUUGACUUAAAUCGUCAACUAUGUUUACCAUUGUUUUCACCUCCUGUUUAGAAACUAAUUUUAGAGAAUGGGUCUCAUCAGUCUUUCAGGUUUUUCUCUUUGCCUUAUUGUUAUGCAUCAGCCCCAUUAGAUGAAAACCAAACCUCAACAACUUGAAGCAUUGCUAGAUUGAACAUAUACUUUUUGAAGCAAAGCCUUUACACUAUUAAAAUGCCUUUGGGUGUGUCUCCUGCUUUAUUAGGCAUGGAAAAAACCACAGCCGUGUGUUUUUUGACCCUUUUUUUAAUGUUGCAUUAAACUGCUGUCACUUACAUGCAUUGUUCAGGUCAUUCUCGGAUUAUAUUUAUUUGCUGAAAUCUGAGAAAUCAUUUAAUAUUGGAAAGUAGAAGCCUUCAUAACUUAAACUUGCCUGAAAAUAUGUUCUAUGCAGAACAUCUGAACUAUUUGGCGGCGGGGGGGAGGCCACAGAAAGCGUGACAUGUAAGGUUGUCAAAUGUAUUUCUUCAGCAAGAUAUUCAUAAUGGUUCAGCAUUCAGCGAACUACUUCUCUGCUCUGUCUUACCCCUUUCCAUCUUUCCAAUAAAGACCAAGAAAAGAAAAUGCUUGAUGGCUUUUAUUAUUAUUAUUAUUAUUAUUAUUAUUAUUAUUAUUUCUUCAUAGCUAUUGCUGGUGGUUUUUGUUUUGUUUUUUUGGCAAGGUUUUAAAAUAUAACUUCUAUGCAGAUGGAAUGCAGCAUGUCUAAAUGAAAGAAACUGUAAACAUGUUGAAUGACUUUGGGGUUUUCAGUUUUGACCUUUUGUUGAAUGGCAAGGAUGAAGUGUAAGAGUUUUGUGUACUGAAAGUCAGGAAUCUGCUUUGUGAUAUGGCUUGUGGAGUGCCAUUUUCAUGUGGUUUUGUUUUGGCAGCAGAAUGUUGUCCCAACACUGAAUGCUAAAUACUGGUGAUUGUUGUUACUUCAUGAUAAAUGGCCAUUCUGGUUGUCAACUUGCACCAGUAAAUUCUUGUUGCCUCUGGUUUGUUAUAAUAAAGGAAAUAACAAAUGUCAGAUAAUGGCAAGCAAGGUGUAUGUUUAGAUAAACAAACAUGAUGACUAAGUCAUUUUGGUCUACAUAAUGCUUGCCAAAUCCAUGCAAAGGUGAACCUUUUCAUUCAUGAUUUGUAUCUCUAGCCUUUAGCUCCUGAGCACUUAGACCGAAUUCCUUAGUGAUUUUUUUUAAAAAUAAAUCCAGGGAUUGAGCUAUUUAUUUAAUACUGAUAUAAUGCUGUUUUGUGACAACAAACCAAAUCAAGUUCACCUACAAAGUGGUUACUCUGGUACUUCUAGGACUGGGUCAUACAGUUACAUCACACUUCCUCCAGUUUCACCUGACAAAUGCAGCCAAAACGAAGCGAACGAGACAAUCUAAGAACUACAGAAGAGGUUUUGGAAACCACACAAAUAAAGAACUGUCAUCUGGGAUAACAACCACUUGGGAAAAGAGCUGAAGGUAUUCAAUUAAAAGAAAGAAGCUUGAAACCAGGAAUUUUAGAAGGGGUUAAAUAUGAUGUCAGAAAAGGGUCCUAGACUUGUGUGUAUGGAAACAUCUACAUAAAACAUUAAUAUUCCAAAAUGUUGGUAUGAAUAUGUUUUUUCAAUUAAUGGGUACAUGCUAUACUUAAACUUGUACAAUGACUAACCUUUUUUUGUAUUUUCAGUUGUGUACGAAAUGUGCCUCUUCUAUCUUUCAAACCCAUUCGUUUCCUUCUCCGACGCCAAUUUGUACCACGAUGAGAUGAAAAGAGAGUUCAUGCGACUUUUUUGACAGAUAUGACAAUAAUUUCUACAGCAGAAACUACAAAAGCAGGCUUGCAGAACACCAAGAAUUUGACUCCUGGAUACUACUCCCUGUUCACUCACCCGCCCCAUAACCAGCACACUGCUGUAUCACUCCUGCAUGAUGCUGACUCAUGAGACUGGUCACAUUUUUGGGCACAAGCACUGUCAGUGUCAAUGUAAGGGUCCAUCCACCACAAGGAAUCGGACGUCAGGCAUGUCGACCUCUGCCCUGUCUGUGUGCACAAGCUGCAGUCUGCCAUCGGCUUCAGAAUCGCAGAGAUACCAGCUAUGUAUGAAACUGUGUGUGAGACAGGUUGCUUUCUAUAAUGUGUGCCCUGCUUCAAUGGAGAGAAAGUGGUUUGUCUUCUGUAGAAACUAAGAAAAAGCCCCACAAGCCCACCAGAGCGUUUGAAGAAACCAGAAGUGUGCUUGAGGACGUUCUGAUUUAACAUGUGUUGGUUGUUGUAAUGGGUGUCAUAUUUUUGUUGCAUAAUGUAGUAUGAGAUAAAUAAAUAUUUUACCUAAUGCAUGGCUAUUCUCCUUACUGUAGCACAAACCUAUUUUCUUUUCUGUCCUUUCUCCUGAGUUAUGCAGUAAUAGCCACACAGGUUUAACUGAAUGAACUGCCUUUAAUUGUGCACAGUAUAUAAAUGUUUACACCACUAGAAAUGUAACUACUUUACUCUGCCUCUGUGAAAGGACUUUGAGUCACAUUUGGAUGUUAAGCAACAUUUGUGGGAAAUGGUCAGAAAUAUUUAGGAAUGACCACAUAUACAGUAUUUUCAUACAUGCAAGUGUUUUUUUUUUUUUUUUUUUUAAAGUAAAUCAUACAAUUAAAACAGUUUUGAUUUAGUUUAUUCUUUCUCAGUAGAUAACAUUACAGCAUUAUUCCAAAUCUGGGAAUAGAUUUUCUGUUUUACAUUACUUUUACGUGAAAAAAAGAAAAGAAAAGAAUGACAUGUAUCUACAGCUGCAAAAU